AUGGCAUCGGAGGAGACACAGUACCUGGGCUUCGGGAACCUUCCCAAUCAGGUGCACCGGAAGGCCCACAAAAAGGGCUUUGAGUUCACGCUGAUGGUGGUGGGAGAGAGUGGUCUCGGGAAGUCCACUCUUAUCAACUGCAUCUUCAACACUGGCAUCAAAAGCAAUCGCAAACCACUGACGGCUGUCCAACAGCUCGAGUCCACUCUUAAGAUUGAGACACAAACGGUAGACAUCGAGGAAAGGGGUGUUAAACUGAAGCUGACCGUUGUGGACACUCCAGGCUUUGGUGACUCAUUGGAUUCGAGCGAUAAUUGCAAACCGAUUAUCACUUAUAUCGACGAUCAGUACGAGAAGUAUCUGAACCACGAGUCGGGUCUCAAUCGGCGCCAAACCCAAGACUCGCGGAUCCACUGCUUGUUUUACUUCAUAUCUCCCAAUAAUUAUGGACUCAAACCACAGGAUGUGAUGACAAUGAAGGCGUUGCACCAGAAGGUCAAUAUCGUGCCGAUUAUCGCCAAAUCAGACUUCUUGACCAAAGACGAGCUCCAGGCGCUUAAGAAGCGAAUCCUCGCCGAACUCAAGUCACACGCCAUUCAGAUCUAUUCCAUCCCCGACUCAGAUCCGGAUGAGGACGAGGACUACAAGGAACAGGUGCGCCAACUGAAGGCUGCCAUACCUUUCGGUGUCUCGUCAUCUCUGGAGACACACGAAGUAAAGGGUCGUAAAGUGAGGGGUCGGGCGUACGCGUGGGGUAUCGUUGAGACCGAAAACCCCGAGCACUCGGACUUUGUUAAGUUGCGGUCAAUGCUCGUCACACAUAUGCAAGACCUCCGGGAAGUCACUCAAGACGUCCACUACGAGAACUACAGGUCCCAGAGAUUGGUGCAGAAGAAUAUGUCGAAUACAGACCUCAGAGACAACAUCAGUAUCUCCUCCGAUGACGCCUAUAAGGACCGCAUUCUUCAGGAGAAAGAGGCGGAACUGAAGAGAAUGCAAGAAAUGAUUGAACAAAUGCAGAGACAGAUGAAGUCCAACCAAUCGCCACCAAAGGAUGAGAACCACAAACAGAAUAAUGGCCACAAAGAGUGAUUGAAUCCAUGGAUACCAUUGAUAUCGAAAUUGAUGAUCAAAUCGAGUAUUUAAAUGCAUUUAUAUGAUAACUACCGGUACUUCUCGAGCCUUAUCUCUGCCUUUCAAAGAUUCAAAUGAAACCAAAGUUUUUAUCUUAAAUUUUUGUAUUUAACUAUUUUAUUACUUUUUGAAAUAUGAAUUAAAAGUUAUCCUUAAUCUCUAC